AUGGAGUUUUUCUAUUACAUGGUGUUCGGUGCUCUUGGGGUCGUAGUGGCAGCUGUAGAGCUAAGCAAGUCUAACAAGGAUCGCAUCAACACUCCUCAGGCUUUCAAUUCCUUCAAGAAUAAUUACAUUCUCGUCUACUCUCUCAUGAUGGCUGGUGAUUGGUUGCAGGGUCCUUAUGUCUACUACCUUUACACGACAUAUGGCUUCGGGAAAGGAGAGAUUGGACAGCUCUUUAUUGCAGGAUUUGGAUCUUCCAUGUUGUUUGGGACGAUUGUUGGAUCUCUAGCUGACAAACAGGGUCGAAAGAGGGCAUGUGUGACUUACUGCAUUACUUACAUAUUGAGCUGUAUUACCAAGCAUUCUCCGCAGUACAAAGUUUUGAUGUUGGGUCGUGUUUUGGGUGGUAUUGCCACUUCUCUACUAUGUUCAGCUUUUGAAUCAUGGCUUGUGGCUGAGCACAACAAGAGGGGAUUUGAUCAACAAUGGCUCUCCAUAACAUUCUCCAAGGCAAUAUUUAUUGGCAAUGGUCUGGUCGCUAUAGUGUCUGGAUUGUUUGGAAAUCUGCUAGUUGAUACCUUGAGUCUUGGCCCCGUGUCACCCUUUGAUGCUGCCUCAUGCUUUCUUGCUAUUGGAAUGGCCGUUAUACUAUCAUCAUGGAGUGAGAACUAUGGAGACCCUUCAGAGAGCAAGGACUUGCUUACCCAGUUCAAGGGUGCUGCUGUGGCCAUUGCUUCAGAUGAGAAGAUUGCAUUGCUGGGUGCGAUACAGUCCCUGUUUGAAGGGUCAAUGUACACCUUUGUGUUCCUCUGGACACCUGCGUUGAGUCCAAAUGAGGAAGACAUUCCCCACGGUUUUAUUUUUGCAACUUUUAUGUUGGCUUCAAUGUUGGGAAGCUCUGUUGCAUCUCGGCUGAUGGCCCGCACAUCACCUAGAGUUGAAAGCUACAUGCAGAUUGUUUUUGUGGUUUCUGCUGCCACUCUCCUGCUUCCUAUUGUGACGAGUUUUUUGGUAGCUCCUUCUAAGGUGAAAGGUGGAAGCAUCUCAUUUGCAGGUUGUAUCCAGCUUAUGGGCUUCUGUACCUUUGAGGCUUGUGUGGGUAUAUUCUGGCCUUCCAUUAUGAAGAUGAGGUCACAAUACAUUCCCGAGGAGGCUAGGAGCACCAUCAUGAACUUUUUCCGCAUUCCUCUCAACAUCUUUGUGUGCGUCGUGCUAUACAAUAGGGGAUUUGAUCAACAAUGGCUCUCCAUAACAUUCUCCAAGGCAAUAUUUAUUGGCAAUGGUCUGGUCGCUAUAGUGUCUGGAUUGUUUGGAAAUCUGCUAGUUGAUACCUUGAGUCUUGGCCCCGUGUCACCCUUUGAUGCUGCCUCAUGCUUUCUUGCUAUUGGAAUGGCCGUUAUACUAUCAUCAUGGAGUGAGAACUAUGGAGACCCUUCAGAGAGCAAGGACUUGCUUACCCAGUUCAAGGGUGCUGCUGUGGCCAUUGCUUCUGGUAUAAGGGGAUUUGAUCAACAAUGGCUCUCCAUAACAUUCUCCAAGGCAAUAUUUAUUGGCAAUGGUCUGGUCGCUAUAGUGUCUGGAUUGUUUGGAAAUCUGCUAGUUGAUACCUUGAGUCUUGGCCCCGUGUCACCCUUUGAUGCUGCCUCAUGCUUUCUUGCUAUUGGAAUGGCCGUUAUACUAUCAUCAUGGAGUGAGAACUAUGGAGACCCUUCAGAGAGCAAGGACUUGCUUACCCAGUUCAAGGGUGCUGCUGUGGCCAUUGCUUCUGAUGAGAAGAUUGCAUUGCUGGGUGCGAUACAGUCCCUGUUUGAAGGGUCAAUGUACACCUUUGUGUUCCUCUGGACACCUGCGUUGAGUCCAAAUGAGGAAGACAUUCCCCACGGUUUUAUUUUUGCAACUUUUAUGUUGGCUUCAAUGUUGGGAAGCUCUGUUGCAUCUCGGCUGAUGGCCCGCACAUCACCUAGAGUUGAAAGCUACAUGCAGAUUGUUUUUGUGGUUUCUGCUGCCACUCUCCUGCUUCCUAUUGUGACGAGUUUUUUGGUAGCUCCUUCUAAGGUGAAAGGUGGAAGCAUCUCAUUUGCAGGUUGUAUCCAGCUUAUGGGCUUCUGUACCUUUGAGGCUUGUGUGGGUAUAUUCUGGCCUUCCAUUAUGAAGAUGAGGUCACAAUACAUUCCCGAGGAGGCUAGGAGCACCAUCAUGAACUUUUUCCGCAUUCCUCUCAACAUCUUUGUGUGCGUCGUGCUAUACAAUAGGCGACUCUUGGUGAUUGCUGAUAAGUCAAAGACAGAAGAUUGGACAGCAUCGAAGGAAAAGGACCCUGAGGCUGAGCCACUGAACAAUGAUUGA